AUGGCUUGUGACAGUGUGGAGUUCUUACAACUUGUCAAUGUUGGGUGUUUUUGUUUUCUUCUGAAUGUUGGUGGGAUUUGCAUUUUUCCUAGAUUAUCUAAUCCUCCAGGUGCAGUCUCAGGAAACCCUGCCGGAUUGAGCUUGACUUUGGUUUCCAAAAUGGAUUCUUGUCAAACUUCUGAACUGAAAAUCGGGUUGAUAGUUGAUACGAAGGAAUGGAGGAAAGAUGGGCUGGAGAUGCUCUUAAAUUAUAAGUUGAUUCUGAUGUUAUCUCACCCUACAAUCCCCUCUGUUUUCUGCUAUGUUGAAGCUCAAUCAACCUCAGAUCAAGAUAACUUCCCUCCACAAGAUCAGAUCAACAUUUUCCCAUCAAGUCUGGAAAUAGGAGCUGGAAUCAUGACUGUAAUGUUUUCGCUGAUACUCUUUCUCAUUGUGUACGCAAAAUACUGCUACAGGCGUGGUCUUGUUCACAACAAUCAACAAACUACAAACAUCAUAAUAAGCUCAGGUCCGCGAUCUUCUGGAAUCAAUAAAACAACGAUCGAAUCGCUUCCUUUAUUUAGGUUCUCUGCCCUUAGAGGGUCAAGGGAAGGGCUGGAAUGUGCGGUUUGUCUCUCCAAAUUCGAAGAUGUUGAAGUUCUUCGGUUGUUGCCAAAGUGCAAACACGCCUUUCACAUCGAUUGCAUUGAUGAGUGGCUUGGAAGGCACUCGAGUUGUCCUCUUUGUAGGCACAAAAUCAGCGCGGAUGAUGUUGAUAUGGUGCUAUACUCGAAUAGUUUGAGAUUCUUAACGAGCCAGGCAGAUGUGAGAGAAGACUCAAACGUGGAGCUCUUUGUUCAAAGGGAAGAGAGUCGCCGCAAGUCUUCAAGGUUUAACAUUGGAAACAGUUUUAGGAAAGUUGAAAAGGGUGUUGUAAAGGGAGAGAAAUUGCCAAUCCGAGAAGAUUGCGAUGGCGUCAAGGCAAAUGACAAGUUUUUGCACAAGUACAAUCACAAGAUUGUUAUGUCCGAUAUUGUGCUAAAGAGAAGGUGGAGCGAUCUUAGUUCCGCUGACCUUGUUUUCUUGAAUUCAGAAAUGCUUGCUGCUGAGUCGAGCGAUAGGUUUUCUUCUUCGGAUUCAAACACACAAGAAAACUCGACUACACAGGCGACUGAAGAGAGUGGAAUUGCAAAGAUUAAGGAGGAGAUGGAGAAGAAAUGGGAUUUUGAAACCAUGGUUGGCAAGUUAAACCAGAAUGGUUUGUUCCUCUCAUCCAGUGGUGCUACUACUUCAAAUCCAACAAGAGCUCUGAAUCCGAAUGACAGGAGAUCGAUGUCGGAGAUUACAGUUCAUUCAAGAUUCAAGGAAUUCAAUGUCAGAAAUGGUGGGGAUUCUUUUGUUCCUGAAAAUUCUGCCAAGGAGGAAAGAUUGAAGAGGAUUUGGCUGCCGAUUGCGCAAAGAACAGUUCAACGGUAUGCGGAUAAAGACAGAAAAUCCCAACUGCCAAAAUAA